CGCAGAUGGCAGUACUUAAAACGCGUGAGGGUCUCGUUAAAGCGGAGUUCCGCUGCCUCCACACAGCUUAGAGAGCAGCGCUCAUCCACGCCGCCGUCAUCACCCUGAACCCGUUGUGAGUCUCCCUCGGAGCGACCAUGGCAGACAGCUCGCACUGUUUCUACUGCCGGGAGGACCUCGGGGGGAAGAAAUUCGUGCGCAACGAAGGCAGGCCAGUAUGUGUCCGCUGUCACACCAAGUUCUGUGCCAACUCCUGUGCCGAGUGCCAUCGACCCAUCCCUGUGGAAUCAAAGGAGCUCAGCCAUAAGGGCCGGUACUGGCAUGAGGAGUGUUUCCGUUGUGCCAAGUGUUACAAGCCUCUGGCCAAGGAACCCUUCAGCACCAAGGACGACCGCAUCAUGUGCGGGAAGUGCUGCUCCAGAGAGGACGCUCCCCGCUGCCACGGCUGCUAUAAAGCCAUACUGGCUGGUACAGAGAGUGUGGAGUACAAAGGGAACUCUUGGCACGAUGAAUGUUUCACCUGUUUCCACUGUAAACGACCAAUAGGAUCGCUGAGUUUCCUCUCCAAAGGAAAUGACAUUUACUGCAGCCCUUGUUAUGACAAGAAGUUCGCCAAACACUGCGUCUCCUGCAAAAAGGCUAUUACCUCCGGAGGAGUGAACUACCAGGACCAGCCGUGGCACAGCCACUGUUUUGUGUGCAGCUCCUGCUCAAAGCCUCUGGCAGGCACGAGUUUCACCAAACACCAGGACCAGGUCUUCUGUGUCGACUGCUACAAGAACUCUGUGGCAAAGAAAUGCUGCGGCUGCCAAAACCCCAUCACAGGUUUUGGUAAAGGAGUGAACGUGGUGAACUAUGAGGGCAGCUCCUGGCACGAAUACUGCUUCAACUGUAAGAGAUGCUCCCUCAGUCUGUCCAACAAGCCUUUCAUAGCCAACGGAAAAGACAUCCUCUGCACCGACUGCGGCAACAAGUAGAGAUGGACAGCCUGGUCAUUGUCUAAAAGUGGUUUAUAAACUCAUGAUUUUGCUUGUUUUUUAAAUUUUUACACAAGUCCCUAUUUCAAUAUUCUGUGUAUAACUCAAGUGAGUUUUUGGGAGAUCCCCCCUGACAUGAUGGAAAAAUUUGUGUCUGCUGUUAACUCUGUUCUUAACUGUAUUUUUUUCAUCUUUUGAAAUAACUGCCUGUGUUAGUGUCUUUGAAAUCUUCUUUUUUUUGUAUUUUUGAAAGGUGGUAUUUUCCUCUGACCAAAACAAGUAUUUGUUUUUAAUAAUCAAAAUUAUAUCUGUAUUUGUAACUGCUAAUUGCCAAAGGAUUGCUAUGCUUAUUGUACAUUUUGAGUAAUAAAAUUAACUUUUUAUGCACUUUUCUUCACAUUUUCCCUCUAAGGAAAAAUGAAGUCUAAAUAUCAGAUUGGAAUAUAUGCAAACUGUAUGCCUUGAAAGGUUGCUUAAGUGAAAUAAACGUCCUACAAAAUUGA